CCCUAGUUCUUUUUGUCCCAUGUCAACUAUGGCCAAAUCAGCAACUCUACUGACUCUUUUGCGCUAUAUUUCGGUCACAGCUGCAGGGCCUCUUUCAGCGCGAUAUGCCUAUGGCCAAGGAAGCGGGAAUCAGAGCAUGAUAUACAGCUUCGAGAACGUUCCAUCCUCAGUUGACCUUCUAUGGACGCCAUGUUAUGAUAACUUCACUUGUGCACGACUUGAAGUCCCACUCGAUUAUGAAGAUGAGAGUGCUGGUACUACCACCAUCGCUUUCAUGAAGUUAGAAGCCACCAAGCAACCUGCUAAAGGAGACCUUAUCGUGAACCCGGGCGGACCCGCAAAUUCGGGUGCGAAGGCUGCAUUUGUAGGGACAGCGCCUGGUUUGGUUGGAGAUGAGUGGAACAUCAUUGGAAUGGAUCCUCGCGGAGUAAACAAUAGCGGACCGCACAUCAACUGCUUUCCUGAUAGCUACACACAGCAGACAUUUAUCCAUCAUUCCCUGAACUCGGAUAUCAAUCUUUACGAUGAAGUUCCCCGGGCCAACUACUGGGGACUCACGGGGGCCUUGGGAGACUGGUGUAGCAAGACGCUGGAUUCUAAGGUGCGGUAUGCGAACACACCCGCAACGGCACGCGACAUGCUACAAUACGCCGAGAAGCUGGCUAUAAGCAAAGGAGAGGACCCAAAGAAAGCCAAAGUAGACUACUACGGCGCUAGCUAUGGCACUUUACUGGGCGCCACGUUUGCACGACUGUUUCCCGAUCGCCUCGGUCGAUUUAUAAUUGAUGCCGUUGCCGAUGCGGAAGAUUAUUACAGCGGAGCCUGGACAGUGGGCGUACAACAGGCUGAAGAAGCUCUUCUCGACUUUACUCAUUCUUGCUAUAGAGCUGGUACUAAAUGUCCUUUCUUUGCAAACGAUACAUCGUCCGAGAAUAUACUGUCCCGCAUCGAUGCGAUCAUCUCCAGCCUCGAGAAGAGCCCCAUUCCUAUCGUGGAGCCCGAGACUACCGAACACCCAUUCAUCAUCACGCACAACGAUAUUCGUGGUUUCAUCCUUGGUGAGCUAUAUAGCCAAGUGACUGGUUACCCUAAGAUUGCCACAGUUUUGGCCCUAUUGGAGGCUAGGAAUUCGACAUUGCUACCUGAGUUGUUGAGCGUUAAACAAAUACACAAGGGCGACGUGCCGCGAGAAAGUACCCACACACAACAGUAUGACGGCGCAUUGUCACGCAUUGCUAUUGCAUGCAACGACAACGACGGACGACACAACAUCUCGAGUCCAGAGCUCUUCAGCGAACACCUCGCUAAGCAAAAGGAGUUGAGCCCUCACUUCUGGGCUCCAUGGGCUAUCACAGUCCAACCAAGUUGCUGGAAAUGGGGAUUGAAAGUUCCCGAGAGUCAGAAGUUCCCAGCCAAGUUUGAAACUACGCAAACCAAUGCACCCAUUGUGAUGCUAGCGAGUCGCCUCGAUCCCGUCGCAUCCAGCCAAGACAAAAUGGUCAAAUUCUUUCCGGGGGCACGCAUCUUGAUGCUCGACGCCGUUGGUCAUGGUGUCGCCUCUGUAGCAUCGCAGUGCACACGUGAAGCAGUUAUAAAGUUUCUUGGUACCGGUGAAUUGCCAAGCGAGGGGCAGGUCUGUGAGGCUGAUUCGGAUCCAUGGGUGGUCUCUGAGUAAUAUCAGCUUAUUGCAUGAAAACAUCAGUCUGUGAUGGUAGGAGUCGUGAAGAGGAUGUUGUCUAAUGGUUGUGUAAAUCUUUGUAU